AUGUACAAGAGUAAGCUGCAGGAGCUGUGCCAUGGGAAGAAGUGGGGGUUGCCAAGAUACACGACCAUGAAGGAUGGACCGGAUCACAACCCUGCCUUCAAGGCCUCUGUAUCUGUAAAUGGCUUCUCCUUUGACUCGCCUGCUGCUUGCAAAUCUUCCAAAAAAGCGCAGAACCAAGCCGCCAUGCUCGCUUUCCUCCACUUCACCUCUCCACCUUCUUCUUUUUCUUCUGUUGAGCCUACUGUUACAGCUGAUCAUGAGCAUACUAUUGAAAGCAAAGAGUUCUUCAACACUUUGAAGGGGCCAGAGCAUGCGGCUGCGAACGCUGUUUCAAUGUCAUCGUCACAAGACGGUGCCCAAACCAGUGCAAGUUCCCUUAACUUUCUUGUUAUUUAUCUCUCACUUUUUGGUGGUUGCCAAAAUGAACAAUAUCUUAUGGUUGAAUCUGGUCAUUGCAAGAAUCUCUUACAGGAGUUAGCUCAGAGAGAAGGAUUUUACAUGCCACAAUAUAAAACUGCGAGAUCCGGUGCAUCUCACCUGCCAACGUUCUCCUCCACUGUGGAAGUUGAAGGAGAGGAAUUCUAUGGGAAAGCAGGGAAAUCCAAGAAACAGGCAGAGCUGAGUGCUGCUAAAGUUGCCUACAUUGCUUUAAAAGAGCGUGGAUUGAGCCGGGCUACUGAGAUAACUUCCUGCCAUCUGAGAGAAGGUGCUCUCAAGACCACUCAAAGCUCUGACUUGAGAAUGACUGUUGAUUCAGUCAAGAAUCUCAUACAUGAAGAACAAUUGGUUUCAUCUCCAGAUAUCAAGUAUGAGGAAUGCACAUUACACGAUUUAUCAGCCAACGCCAAUCUCGAAGCUGAGGUCUGUGAUUCAUUUCAAGCAGUACUAGAAAUGGAUAACAUAAAAGAAACCGGAAAUCCUUCUUCAUGCUCUGAAUUGAUGUUCCCUUCAACUGAAGAAAGCCCUUCCUCGCCAGCAUUUAUACAACCCAAUCUUCCUGCUGUCACAAAUGUAGGGAUAGGUACAGGGGUGAGGAGUUACUUGCUGUGCAACAGGGUUAGAGUUUACACACAAUUUCCUGAUAUUGCAUUCCCUAAUCGCAUAACGGUGCUGCCCGUUAGUGAUGACAAGUGGGUGGCUUUCAGGUUGGAGUUCCCAAAUGAAGAAAGCAAUUAA